AUGGCUUCCUGUAGCCUAGGGACAUUGAAUGCCAAAAUUACAAACUUGAACUUCGGUAGAACAAGAGUCGGGAUUCUACAAUCAUCUGGUCUAAAAACUUGGACAGGGCAAAAACCACAAUUGUACUCAUGUUUGUCAAUGUCAAGACGACCAGACAAAGUAUUACGUGCACACAGUGGUCCAUCUUUAGAAACCCUGCCUACUACAAGUUUAGAAGAUGGUCCUGCAGAGAGUAGAGAUUCUGGUUCGACAAACCAGCUCAUUCCAAAUUUUGACGAGAUAGAAUCUUUGGUCACAACAAUAUGCGAUACAACUUCAGUUGCUGAGUUCGAAUUAAAAAUCGGUGGAUUUCGGUUACAUGUGCUGAGGGAGUUGACUGAAAAAAUUAGCACUCUACCUCCCCCAAGUCCUGCUCCUGUUAGUGUGAAUGCAACUGCUGAAGCACCUGCUUCGAAUGGUUCAGUUCCUACACAAUCUUUAGCUAUCAUUAGACAAGAACAUUCUUCAAGGAAUAUCCAGACAUUGCUAGAUAGAGCUGCAGAUGAUGGCUUGGUGUUAAUUCAUUCUCCACGAGUGGGGUUAUUUAGGAGAUCACGAACGAUAAAGGGGAAGCGUGCUCCGCCAUCAUGUAAAGAGAAGCAAAUAGUGAAGGAAGGCCAAGUGAUUUGCUACAUAGAACAGCUUGGUGGAGAGCUUCCAAUUGAGUCUGAUGUAUCUGGGGAGGUCAUCAAGAUACUACGAGAAGAUGGCGAUCCCGUUGGAUAUGGUGAUGCUCUCAUUGCAGUUCUCCCCUCAUUUCCUGGGAUUAAGAAACUUCAGUAG